AUUGACAAUCCAAGGUACAGAACAACUUAUUUCCAAAAGUCUGACUAAAAGGUGUUUAGGAAUGGUAGUUUUUAGCAUUUUUCACAGUAAAUUAAGGAAAAUUUGUGAUUUUACAUAUUUGUAGUCCUUCGGACGUUUAUUCCUGCAAUUCGUUAUCAGUUUUCAACUAGAAAGAUGAGUAAUCACUACAAUAAUGGGGGCAGGGCUGGGGAGACUGAACAAAUGGCCCAGCCCCAAUAUUUAAAAGUUUUUAUACCUAGAGAUUAUACUGAUGGAACAAUCGUGAGAUUCCAGAGAAGUUUUCCACAGGAGUUAGAAGGACGACUGGAAAAGCAAACCUUCGAGUCAACAAUUAAUAGAUUAAAUGAAAUAUUUGAAGAAGCAGAAAAAGCCUCGUGUUCUGCCUAUUGCGAGGGGUGUUUUGCUUGUGUGACUGCGUACCUAAUUUAUCUGUGCAAGGAAACCCGCUAUGAAAAGAAACUGAGAAAAGUGUCCAAGUUCAUAGCAGAACAAAAUGAAAGAGUCUUCGAGCCACGAGGGUUAAAACUAACAGAUCCUAGUUCGCGUGGUUUGCGAGUUUUGGAAAUUAGCUGCUUCGAUCGGCCGCCGAAUGCAUGACUUACACUUUCCCACUCUACCCAUGAGUUUUUCAUGUGAAUUAAGAGCUUCGAAUGUUGCCAAGAAACGACCGUCAACUCAUAGAUUUAAUCCAUGUCGUCACGUGAACAAUACUCGCAGAAAAUAUAGGUACUUGAUUUAGUAAAAUUGUUUGGCUGUGAAAAGCAAAACUCAAGGCUAAUCACCGAUAAAGAAGUUUCGGGAGAGGAAACUGAAUAGAUAUUGGAUUUAUCAACUAAAUCAAUGUCUAACUUCUAUUAUGUGUUAUGUUAGGGUUGGGCACCUGUAUCUAUUAGCCUUGUAGACGUCGUCACUUCAUAAAUACUUUCUCAUCAAGCUUAAAAUUGUCUUUAAUCUUUGAUGAAACGUUACUGCCAACAUUUAAAUUGCAUAAAUCAAGUGAGUAGGUUGGAAGUAAAGAACAACAGUUAAGCAAAAAAUCGUCUCUGCUGUUCAAUAUCAAAUCCAGUUUUUGAAAAGCGCUCAGGUAUAUUUUCUUGAUUACUGAAACUCACUAGAUGGUAGAGUGUUUUUUAUUAUUUUUACUUCACUAUGGCUUGUGUGCCAAAUUGGUCAUAAAAUGUGCAACCUUUCCUUACAGAAUAAAUUUACAAAUGCCUAACUCACAACAAAUAAGAGCUGCCUCUUAUUUGUUGUGAGUUAGGCUACUGAUAAUUGUAGAACCGACUUUCAAAAAUAAAUCGCCCAGAACAAAUUCUGGAAAACGUUUCAUUAAUCCAUAUCUAAAUUAAACGAUUAUUUAGAUAAUUAUUUAUUUUUAGUAUUAUUAUUUAUCUGAAAUUUGUUUUAUUUUGAUAACUGUGUAUGUGAUAAUUACAAGGUAGCCUUUUGGAUAUUUUGUUCGUUGUUUUCUUCAAAACUAUUAAUAUGGUAACCCGUGUUUUGGAGUUAAAUAUGCGCUCACUUUAGUAGCUAUUUUACUUUGUAUUAAAUGGUUCAAUUAUUUUCUUUGUUCAGCCUUGCACUGUUAUUGCAACAGGCUGGAUGUACGGUUAAUAAAUUGACCUGGAAUUCUGAAACUGAAUUAUUUUGUUUGGGAAGUGAUGUAAGUUUCAAGGAUAUCAAGAGUCAACUUAUUCUCGUGUUUUUACUUCAUUAAUCAUUCGCUCUUCUCUACAAAUUCAUCCGGUGUUAAUUUCUGCAUCUAAGUUAGGAUCAAGGCAGAACAAAAACCGUUUAUAUACCGUAAUUAUUGUAUUGCCGAUUUAUCUAGUUUCUAAGUUGUAUAUAAUUGCAUUUAUGUCUUCCCAAACAACCUUACGUAUAUAUUUUAUUUAUUACUCUAAUACUUUUGUAUAUGGUAAACGAAAUCAUUUACGUUAGAAUUGACACAGUCAAUAAAGAGUGGAUUUAUUUAGAGUUUUUGUUUUUAGUUUAUAAGACCCUUAUUUGAAAAUAAAUGAAUGUUUUUUAUGUAGUUGUAUGGAAUAUCGUCAAUAAAAAAGUAGGAAAAUUGA